UUGUAGUGCUUUCUUUCUUGUUCCGCGCCUGCUCAACGAUCGCUUCUGGCUGGUUCGUUGUAGCGUUCUUUCGUCACCAGCGAGCAUGUUCGCGUACGUACGUUAUGAGGACAAGCACAAGGCCGUGCUACCCACGACUUUGAUCAAGCGCUUCACGCCGGGAGACGUGGAUGACUUCGACCACGAGAAGUCCAAGAUGGUCUUCUGGGUAGACGAGAAUGGUAGUCAGGCCGGAUACUACAAAGCAAAAGUCGUCAUGCUUGGAGAAACCGAAGACCUCUUGCUGCGGUCAAUGAUCAAGCAGAGGAUUGCAAUUCCUCGCAUCAUCCACGAUAACCGGGAAGGACAACCAAUGGAGGAUGGUCAGUCAACCUCUUCACACACUGCGCAGACAGAUCACGGAGAGAAGACUACUUCCAAAAAACGCCGUAUUGAAGAGCAGCAUUUAGACGGCAAGUGA